CCUCGGCUCUCUGCACUCAACCUCCUUAUCCUCCACUUUUUCCAGUCACCUCUGUCUCCAGAAUGAGUUACGUCGCUAAGGGUGAAAAGGAAUACGACGCGACCGGUGCCCCUGUGCCCGCCGCUAAAUUGCACAAAAUCCGCAUCACGUUGACCAGCAGCAACGUGCGGAACUUGGAGAAGUUCUCCAACGACCUCAUCAACCGGGCGAAGGACAAGCAGCUCCGCGUCAAGGGCCCCGUGCGUCUCCCCACCAAGGUUCUUAAGAUCACCACCCGUAAGACUCCUUGUGGUGAGGGUUCGAAGACAUGGGAUCGCUAUGAGCUCAAGGUUCACAAGCGCCUGAUCGACUUGCACUCCUCCAGCGAGAUCGUCAAGCAGAUCACGAGCAUCAGCUUGGAGCCUGGUGUCGAGGUCGAGGUCACGAUCUCUGCCUGAACAUGCCUAGAUCAUAUGUUGUAUGAUGAUGAUCCUACCUGAUGAGAAUCACUAGGAAUUGAAGGUGCACGGUUGUCAGGAAUUCUAUGAGAGUCGGAC